AUGUCUACCCCUAAACAUGAUACCACAGAAGAAAUUCCUCAACAACUCCAAGAGAGAAAACCUAAACUCAGACGGAAUGAAUCCCUUGAAGUGGAAUCCGACAAGCUUGAUGGUGGCGCUGGCCGCUACAACCACCGCUCCAACGGUGGAGAUUGGAGUAUGAUAUUGGAUCUUGCGUUUCAGAGCAUCGGAGUUGCGUUUGGAGACUUAGGGACAUCGCCUUUGUACGUAUAUCCAAGCGCAUUCGCAGAUGUAAUAAAACACAACGAUGAUAUAAUUGGAGUUCUCUCUUUGAUCUAUUAUACCCUCGCCAUAAUCCCUCUCAUCAAGUACGAUAUAAUCUGUUUUAUCAGUUAA